AUUUCAAACCAUUUCAUUUGAUUUUAGGGGUCUAGGCAAAGAGGAUGAAGAACAUCCACGACAACAAUAUUCCCUAGGGUUUUAAAACUUUCCUGCACCUGUGCGAACAAGCUUGUAAUGGUUUUGUAUAGGGAAACUUUGCAAACUCUACUUUCUGCCGUUUGACAUGCUUUCUUAAACCUAAAAUUUUACUGCUUGGUCGGACAGGUAUUGCCAGCGGGCAUUAUGGGAUUGAUUUUGGCGACCAGGACCAGACGCUCCUCGAUUCUGAAAAACUGGCUCAGCACAAUUAGUAUUGCCUCUGUUGUGGUUUGUGCAGUGGUACUUGAAAGCUAUUCAUGGGCUCUGAAAUUUUUAUUGCGAGCCAAAUAUUAUUAUUAUCGUCCAAGAAACGGUGAAGGUUCUCGUUUCUUUUGGCCCAAUGACCCAAAAAUCAAGUUUAAAGACCAGGAAAAUACCAUGAUAGCCAUACAUGCCUUGAUUAUCAUAUUUGCCAUCGCUGAGAUCAUUCUCGCCGUGGCGAUGGCUAGGAACAGUAAUGCUGGGCGUCAGUCACCGCAGGAAAAUCAGCCAUACGAUGAAUACCAUCAAGAGCGAAACGGACAAGUACCGAUUCAAAUACAGCCUUUUCCACCACAAGCUAUGAUGGCCAUUCCGAUAACUGGAGCCAACCAUAGCAGUAGUGGCAUCCAGCAGCCACCGCGCAUGUAGUUACGGAAAGUUUGUCUGUUUCUUCAGUGGCCUUGUAAAGUCGCUUUCAAAAAUGUUAUAUUAAGUACUUAAACGCUAACUCAAGCGAUUGACUGACGAUAAAGCUGCGAUCUAAAAGUAACAAGUACCACAACGUAACGUAACGGAAAGCAACUGUAACGUAACGCAAAUAAAUGAUAUCCUAACAGGGCGUCAGAAACCACCAUGUAGUAGACACCCGAAAUAGAGAACAAAUAUAAUAAAAGGAGUCUAUAUCAUACA